GCGCCUCUGGUUGCGCGCAGGACCCGUCCCUACAGCAGAGAGCAGCAGCGCAUCCAUCCUGCCGUGGAGCCGGGAGCGUGGAGCCGCGAGGAGCGCACAGAGAGAGAGAGAGAGAGCCACAGAAGAUGGACGGAGUGGGAUCGUUCGGAGCGGGCCGGGCCGGGACCACUAUCGACCCGAUAGCCUUCGCCAAACAGCCGCAGACCAUCCUCAGAGUGCUGUCCUGGAUAUUUUCCCUGGUGGUCUUUGCCUCCAUCGUCAACGAGGGUUAUGUUAACAUAGGCAGCGAACGUCUCCACUGUGUCUUCAACAAGAAUGCAGACGCGUGCAACUACGGUGUGUUCGUGGGCCUGGUGGGCCUGCUGGCGUGUUCCUUCUUCUUCCUGCUUGACUAUAAGUUCUCCUCCAUCAGCUCUGUCAAAGACAGGAAGAAGGCCAUCAUGCUGGAGAUCGGCUUCUCAGGUUUCUGGACCUUUCUGUACUUUGUAAGUUUCUGCUUCCUGGCCAAUCAGUGGUCUCGGACUACACCUGAUGAGCUGCCACUCAACCAGGGGGCAGAUGCAGCCCGGGCUGCCAUCGCCUUUUCUUUCUUCUCCAUAAUCACCUGGGCUGGUCUAACGGUGCGUGCAGUCCAGAAGUAUCUGCUUGGCACAGACAUGACUCUGUUCACUACGGAGCACAUGGACGGCGGCGCGCCCACCCAACCAUAUCCCUCCAAUUCACCAGUAGGCGGCACCACUGAGACUACAGAGACCUACCAGAGCCCACCGUUCACUGAGAACAACGCAGCACCCACAUACCAGGUUCCCAUUUACUAGAUGAGAUAGACCUGAUGAUGGAAAAGGAGAGUCAGGAGAGUGAUAGAUUGCUUCCUGUGAUGUUACACCUGCAGUUGUUUAAGUGUUGAUCUGGGCUGAGUUUUCAAGAAAUGGUAAAAAAAAAGAAAAAAACCCCAAAACGGCCUCUCCUCUCUAUGUUUCUUCCUCUCGUUCCCUUAACAUUCCAGCUUUGUCGGCACUUUUCUAUACUUAUAUGUCAAACUCCAUUUCGUAAUUCUGGUGUCCUGAGAUCAGAGCAGAUGAGAGAAAAAGAAAACAAGAGGAGGAGAUGUAGAAGAAGAAGAGGCCACUUUGCAGCAUUAACACUAUUUUGAAGAAAGCAAAGAGAUGAAGGGAUCAAAGUCAGUAUUUGAUAACUAAAACCAGUGCAGAAGGCACUGACAUAAAGCACCUUCAUCUUAUUCUUUUCAUUCAUUCAAGUGUCAAAACCCCCUUUUCAUGCCAAACAGUAUGGGGGAUGUUUGUUUUUUUAGCUACAAUAUGGUCUGGUCAUUCCUCCAUCUUUCCCUGCUGCAGUUAAAAGUGAUCAUGUGUAUUGAAUCUGCAUGUUUCCAAACGUAGAGAUCAACUAAGUGCCAUACUGUACUGUGUGUCUCAGACAGUGACUUAAUUUAGUAGAUUUCCACAUGCUGUUAAAAAAACAACAACAACGUUUUGUGACCAAGUGCAAUAUCUCACAUUCUUAUGUAGAUCUGUAGGUAGGUAUAUAGUGUAUUGUCGGUAUGAUAGUUACUGUCAGAUUAGACCAAUCUUAGGCACUGUCUCAAAUUACAUACUAGUCUUUGAAUUGUACAAACAAAUCUCAGGCAAAUUUCCAAACUGAAAUCGUUGAUCUGACUGGUGGUGUUUGCAAGAUACAGAAGUUAUUGUAUAUCUGACAGAUCCUGGGAAAGGUUUUCAUCCAAAAAAGCUUGUUGGCAAUUUAAAUAAAAUAGAAUUAGUCAAGAAGCUUUUGUAUCAUCUUUUCAAUGAUUUACUGUAUGGUCUUCCUCAAUAUAUUGGAAUAUUUGAACACACUUUAAAGGAUAACAGUGUUGAAAGCUGAAUCUGUGUGAUGCCGGUUUAUUCAUGUACAGUCACUUUCCCCAUGUUGGUCUUAAGAUUUAUUGGGGAAAACGUAAUCCACAAUAAAUCAACUUUUCAGUCUGUUAUGUUUCUGUGCCAAGCUUGGAUGGAUUAUUGAAUGAGGCUUCAGGGCAGAAAGGAGUCAGUGGACCUCUCAGAGUCUAAAGAGAGUCUGGAGAAUCAAGUGACUACAAAAAGGUGCAAAACCCUAACUACAAAGAGACACAAAAUGACACAAACUAACUACGAGACACAAAAUGACAACAAAGUGAUGCAAAGCAACGACAAAGUGAGGCAAACUAAAUACAAAGACACACAAUGAAUACAAAUGGAUAUAAAAUGGCCACAAAGAGACACAAACCAACUACAGUGACACAAAAUAACUACAAAAAGAUGCAAAACGUCAAAGACUCAGAGAGAUGUGGCUAUAAUUUGAAAUCAUUUUCUGUCUCUUUCAGUCUGGAGGUCUUGUUUCUAUCUAGGAGGGUUAGGGGGCCCUUAACAUGGCUGUACCCAGUUGUCCCACAAUCCGUCCAUGGUACCAGGGAAUGUAUGUAGUGUGUUAUCUGAGACAGUGUUCUAUGUUGAGUGUCGUGUGUAUAAAAUGGGGCGACUGAGGAGAUUUUGGGUAAGUCAGGUCUGUUUAUGUUUACGUUUUACAAGCUGCCAAACUGCCCUGUGUUCUUAUUGCUGUCUUCUGAUUACCACGUUACUAAUAUGUUGUUAAUGUCUAUUGGAUUUUAUGUAAUCACAGAGCAGGGGGUGAGGGGGCAAUAGAUGAGUUUAUAUCCAGUGAGAGGUCGAGUUUUGCUGGAGGAUUCAGUCUCAGGCAAAAUAAAAAUCUGUUUGUGGAAUGUUAAGGAUCACUAGCUGGCUAAUUCAUUGAUCCUGCAAUCCUGCCAUUGAGGGAGGGGUGGUGAUGGUGGUCAGAAUUUGUUGCCAUGGCGACAGGGACAGUCUAGGGUGGAUGUGGGUCACUAAGGGCCCUGAUGUAGAUAGUAACCAUGCCAACCAUGUCGGUGUAUACCAGUGUCUGUGUCGUGGUUCAUGUAUACUCGCCAUCAGCGAAUCUGUAGUUUUUGGUGUGUAUGUGUGUGUAUGAGUGCAAGUACACGUGUGUUGGAGGGACAUGUGAGUCUGUUUGUAUGAAAAUGUGUGAAUGUGUGUAGUUAAUUAAAAUUUGUGGUGCAUAAAAAUUCUUUUCUUGAACAUGUGUUUGUCAAAGUUUAAGUGCAAAGGAGGAAAUCAUAAAUCUGUUACACCGCUAAAUCAUUUCCCCAAAAUAAAAUAUAUUAUCAGUGUCCCUGUCAAGAUACCUGAAUUACAAAAUAUAAAAACUAAGAGAUUUUUUAUGAAUAGAGCCAAACAUAAAAGUUAAUGUUAAGUGACCUGUAGAAUGCCUUGCUGCCUGCUUGUCUAACUAAUCCUGUGUAAACAGCACCCUCUGCAGACCAGAUAAGGCACUGCUGCAGCAGCAGGACAACUGGGGCUCUCAGUUUAUAAAAGUAAUCAUGAUAAUAAUGCAUGAAACUGUUGUAUAGAUCUCAUUAUAUAUUGAAUACUAUGUUAUUCUUACGUUGACUCCAAGAUGUUUUGCAAAGUGAGAUUUGCUAGCCGUCAGUGCAGCUGACAGGAUUCCUUCUUAUAUUAACUGUGACCAUACAACCAAACAACUCUUUGUUUUCGUCAUUGCUGUUAUCUCAACCUCAUGAUGCUGUUGGUCACACACACCCUGGUGUAUACAUAUCUCAAAGCUGCAGGGUGAAACUGUACCAAAAUUCUGGUUGUAACUUACACUUUCUUUACUGAAAACUGUAGCAAAGAAAUCUAAAUGUGACCCCACAAUCCAGGGCCUUGAGCUACACCAAGAGAAAAUGUUAGCCAACAAAGUACAGGCUCUAUGUUCAAGUUCAAGUCCCAGAAAGUGAAGUAAGUCCUUAUUGUGAAUGCAGUCUUAAGGCAAAUGAUGCCAAUUUCUAUUUGUCUGUGCUCCAGUACUAAAAAUGAUUAAAAGAAUUUCAAAGUAGUCUUGUAAAACAGAGCCAAGACCACUUAGUUUAAGAUUUACCUGCAAGCAUGAUUUUCUUUUUUACAUUUUAUUCCCCAUACUGUCUGUCAGCAAGUGCACAGUUAAGUGCCCAUAUGUUUUAAACUGAGGGGUAACAGUAGUAGUAUUUCCUUUCAGGGAGUUUGGUUCAGGAAAGGGUGCAACAUUGUUGAGUUCUGGAGUAUUACUGGGUGGGGGUAUGAUGCAGUACGUCUGGUGCAGUUAAAGGACUUUUAUACUUUGUGGUUUUUCGUGUUUUAACCAAUUAACUACAAGCUUUGGAACUAUUUCCUAAAGUAAUUUAUUUUUAAUAUUUAAAACAGUCAUUGAUUUUAGUUCAUUCUAAUGUUGCAGAGAUUUAAUACAAGAAAUGUUUAUCUUGACUUGAUGCUUAUUGUUUGUCUUUCAGGUUUGACUCUCUGACAAUAUUUUGGUAAUGCAAUGUUUUUUCGGAACCUGACACUCAACGUUUCUGCUCAGUGCCCUCAAAUAAAACAAUAUUAAAGUUAUAAUCCUUAAGAUUUUUAAUCAACCCCAUUUUGACAUGCUUUGGAAAAUGGUACUGAUAAUGUAAAGCAUGAACAAGUAUGGAAAAAAUAUGAAAAACCACCAGUAUAGUUCUUUAAAUCUUGGGUAUUACUGGGCUGCUAGUAACCUGUUAACUGUGGUUAAAGGUGAGGCCACAGGGUGAGACUGAUGGUGGUAUUCGGUACCACUGUGGUACUAUUAGGUAGUUUGGGGUACUGUCAUGUCAGGUUGUAAUAUUGUUCUCAGUGCUUCGGUCUCUUCUUCAGUCGGUGUGGUAUAUAAAAAUAAUAAUACAAGCAUUCUCUAUGUUUUGUGCUCUGGCCCAUGUACACUACCGUGGUAUUGGUUGAUUGUAAAAUACAGUAUGUUAUUGAAGUAAAUGGAACCUGUGUGUGAUGCUGUCUAGGGUCUGGUUUGUCCUGUACUACUGAAAAUAAAAAAAAUAUUAAUAAUGAUUACUUAUUAACUAGAAUGCACUCUUUGUUGGAAAUACUUUGUUUGACCGGCCGUCGGCACCCAAAUCAAAAGUUAUAUGUGAUCAUGCUGUUGUUUUGCUAAACUGAGAUAAUAAAAGGUGAUGAUAUGUAGUGACGCUGGUGCCAUCAGUUGUAUGGUUUCCAGUAUAAAACAUUGCAUGGAUGUUACAAUACCCCCCUCUCCCAUAAUAUUAAUACUAAAAAUUUAACCCCCAUCGACCAACAAAGAAACAAACAUUGAUUCUGUAGCGUGCUACCCCCCUUUAACAUGUUUCUUCUGAGUUGACCUCUUCAGUGUAAAAAAUAACGCUGUGUACAGAGAUGUGUGUCACUGUCUGUUACCUGAAUGUCUCUGGACUGCAGUCUGACAGUCACACCAAUAAAAAAGAAAACAUGUUUUGGA